AUGGCGCCUCCACAGUCUAUAGCCCACCGGCGUACACAUAACCUACUACUAAUAUCACGACUUUUGAAUCUACGCGAUAAUGUGUCGCCAUUUACAUUGUUACUCGACUCAUUGUCCCAGAGCGCGAAACCGCUAGUGAGGGAAUUUGUUAGACGUGGCUUGUUGGCGAAAUGUGAGAUCGUGUUCGUGGCAUUCGAAACACUUCGCUGUCCGCCUGGUAUUGGCAAGUUCGUCAAAGCCCGCGGAAAGACAAUCCCAGUACUCCAGAGAGAGAUUACAGCUGCAAUCCCUGCUGGUGCCAAAACACUCUUAAUUAUUGACUCUCUUAACCCUCUUGCCUCCUCCUCACCAUCCUCCCUUUGUUUGUUUCUUUCGUCUCUCCUCACACCCACAACUGCUCUUCUUUCCACAUACCAUCUCGAUGUUCCACUCCCUCCACAGAAGUCAUAUCCAGAGACUGCACCCGAGGCUUUAACACUAUUAAAAUACUUGUCUACGACGUUAGUGACGGUUCAUUCGAUCCAUCAUGCGCUCUUGAAGAAGCAGCACAAAGACCGAUCAUUACCUGCGCCAGUGUGGGGGCUAGAUGAGGGGACUGAGGGCGUAGUAGUAGGGUUAGGUAGUAAUAGUACCGAGGGCAUAGUAUUGGAAAUGGAGUAUAGGAGGAGGAGUGGCAGAGGGGUUAGCGAAAUGUUUUACCUUCCCCUGGAUGUUACCGAUAAUGGAGUUAGGGAAAAGGAGAGAGUUGUGUUACUCGAGGAUCAUCCGGAGUGGAGAUUGUCGGAACAGGUGAGAAAUGUGGAUGAUGGUCAUGAUCAAGAGGAUGGGAUGAGGACAACCUUUGAGUUGGGACUCACAGAAAGGCAGAAAAGGGCUAGAGAUGAGGUGGUGUUGCCGUAUUUGGAUGCACAACGUGAAGGCGGUGGUAGGGGCGGGGCUAUCUUAUUUACACCUGAUAAGGAGAUUGACGACUUUGAUGAGGAAGAGGACGAAUUGUAG